UGUGCAAGCGAGGUCAGAGUUGACCCCGAGUGUUGCUCCGUUCGGUGGUGAGAUUGAUCCAUGUGGAGCUGGAUCUACAGCGGGAGAAAAUUUGAUCCUGAACUCAGUUUAAAAUCCACCGAACUAUAAACUGUAACACGCUUUAAUAACAGUCAAACUGAGAAUCAAAUCCUCAUCAACAUGAAAGGUAGCCGGAUCGAGCUGGGAGACGUGACGCCACACAACAUUAAGCAACUGAAACGGUUAAACCAGGUCAUCUUCCCGGUCAGCUACAAUGAAAAGUUCUACAAAGAUGUUCUGGAGGUGGGAGAGCUCGCUAAACUGGCGUACUUCAAUGACAUAGCGGUAGGUGCAGUGUGCUGCAGAGUCGACCACUCCCAGAACCAGAAGAGGCUCUAUAUAAUGACCCUGGGCUGUCUGGCACCAUACCGUCGACUAGGAAUAGGAACAAAGACGCUGAACCAUGUUUUAAACAUCUGUGAGAAGGAUGGCACAUUUGACAACAUCUAUCUGCAUGUUCAGAUAAGUAAUGAAUCGGCAAUCGACUUUUACCGGAAGUUUGGAUUUGAGAUCAUAGAAACGAAAAAGAACUACUACAAGAGAAUAGAGCCGGCGGACGCACACGUGCUUCAGAAGAACCUGCGGAGCCCCUCUCCUGGCUGCGACGUGCACAAAACGAAUUAAAACAAACACUCCUGCACUUGCCCAGCGCCAAAACUUUAACAGACACCCAAUGAAAGAAUCGAAAUGUUGACGACACAUUUACCACUUUCUUCAAGGGACAUUUAAAUUUACUAUAUAAAAAAAGAAAACUAAAAAAAUCUCUGCAUUUCUUUUGCAAACAGAGUUCUUAAAAUGUUGCAGUUUUUUUUUUUAAUGUAUUAUUAGUUUAAAAACAAACAAACAAACAAAAAAAGUUUCAGAAUCCAAAAGUGGAGAAGAACAAGGAAAGUGUUUGUCUUGGUUAACUAAAAUAAAUAAAUAAAUAAAUAAAUAAAAACCGCUACCAGAUAACCUUUUUAAGGAAUGAGGGUUUGAAAUGCCUAGUUAUUUUUGGUUUAAUGAUUACGAUAAGUUAACAAACCUAGGCAAUGAUACUGUUUUCAGAACUGUUCUCACAAAACGCCAAAUUGGUUAAAGUGACUUCAGCAAAAGUUUUCCACUCCCCUUAUUCCGAUUUAAAAUACGUCCGGUUUCCUUAAAAAAAAAAAAAAAAAGACAACAAUUGCACUGAUGCCUAACCCUUGGUGAUUAGCAGUGUAUCCGCUCUCUUUUUCUUUUUCCCUUGAUAUCUAGCCUUGCCACUUUACUUUGGCUUGCCUUUGGAAGGUUCUUGAAUAUAAGUGAAUGUCAGGGUGGAGAAAUUGACAUGAAAGUGUGGAAUAAACUUGAGGAGGAGGAGGAGGAGGAGGAGUUGGGUUUGUGAGCCAUCUUGUUACCAGUAGGGUGGUUAUCCUUUUAGUUUCUGAGUGCUUUUUGUUUAUUUUUGGGAAAAGUCAAUUUAAAAAACUGUCUGAAUUUACCGUGAAUGGCGUGGAAGGGCUGUUUUUCUUAAGAAGACUGGGAAGUGACAUAAACCACAUAUGGUAAUGUAUCAAAAUGAACUGGGAAAGUGAAGGCUGUUUGAUUUGAUACCCUGCCUGCUUUAUUUAAAAGCCAUCUCUUUAGAAAGAAAUGCCUGGAAAUCUAAAGGAAGGAUGGGCUCUGAUAUAAUUUACCAACUUCAAAAUUCAUUGCAGUGCUUUCUGUUGAGCAAGACAAUCUUAAAUCUCAGUUCUUUGGCCAUACCACAUACAAGCCUACUUUUGCAUUUGUGCCAUUUUUUUUCUAUUGCACUUAGUGAUUUAAAAGGAUCACUAAUUGGGAUGGAAACUGCUUAAAUAAUCAUCCUAUUUAUUAUAUAAGUGUAGCAACCCAACUGAUGCUAAAACAUUGAUUAGAACAAGAAAUGACUGAAUAAAGCCAACAUGAUCAUCAUUCUCAAUCAGAUUACAGCGUGCACUGGAAAAGCUGUUCUUGUUUUAGAUACUAUUUAUAUGAACUUCUAAUGUAAGUCAAUUAAAUAAAUCAAUUGGAUUUGUAUUCAAUUUAACUUGUGCAAUACAUUGAUAAAACCAGUGUUGAAACCAGACCUAGAACUGAAUUCUCUCUUUUCUCCCUUUGACUGUCACUGCUCCACCACAAAGAACUGAGUUUUGAGUUAGUCGGUGUAAUGACGAGGAUCCAGGAUUUUGAGGACUGUUGGUCUUGUUGUUUUAAGAGUUUUGCACUUUUAGGCAGUCCUGGGUGGGAGUGCAAAUAAACACACAAAGCUUUCAGUGUUGUGGAUCGCUCAGCCUGAUGGGUAAAAUCCUGUACCAUUUAACAAGCUGUUGAUGCUGGAAUGCUAAUUUUUGCUGUGAGGUCUCCCCUCCCCUUAUUGUAAUUGAAGCAUGCUGUUUGGUAUUUUUUUUUUAAAUCUUUUCUGGAGCUCUAUUAUAAGACUUUUUAACCUCAAAAUAAAUGAAUACUAUUUGCAUUAA